GGGUAACGAAGAAAACGAUGUGGAUGUGGACCGGGUUUAAGUUCUCUCCCUCACACGACAAAAGACCCACACGCAACUCACACAACUAGUGUGAACGACGCCAACGACGUUAAUACCUCCCAAGAGUUGCUGCUUCUGCUUCUGCUGCUGCUGCUUCUUCAUUCCUUCAAUCAGAAAUUUAUUAUCUCUAUUCCAUCGUUUGCUUCUACAACUGCUACAUCCAUUCAUUUCAGCUCAUCCAUUGCACAAUCUUGAAGAAGGGUGAUGAUUACGCCGUUUCGUUCAAUUCCAAUUCAAAGAUGUUUCUUCUUCAUCACCACCACACAAGCUUCUUUAUCGUGCUCACAAUCUUGAUGGCUUUGACGAGAGCACAAAACUUGACGAACUGCGAUCGCCAUUGCGGAGGGAAAACCCUGAACUACCCUUUUGGGUUCUCAGAAGGCUGCGAAGUGAAACUGAACUGUACCGAAGACCAAGUCAAAGUUGGCGGCUUUCUGGUUCAGAACAUCACAGCUAGCACCAUUUUCAUCAGCCUACCCGCGAAAUGCAACCGCACCAUGGGAUCUAUUAAGCCACUCUUCAAUGACAAUUUUGCCCCCACGUGGAACAACAGCUUCCUCGUGCAGAACUGCACGGAGGAGCAAGGUGGCUGCGUUAUCCCCGCCUCCACCUUCACAGGCGGCCAGGCUGAGGUGGAGAGCUGCGACAGCAGCAGCGGUAACAUCAGUUGUUUCACCCCGCAGAGCCAGAAACAGAGAAACAACGUUGUUGUUGGCGAUGUUUUGAGUUAUGAUGAAUUGAAAAACACUCGUUGCAAGUUCUUGUUCUCUUCGGUUGCUCUUGGGCAGAGCAAGGAGCUAUUAUUUCUGCAGUUUCAGGUGGUUGAGUUGGGGUGGUGGAUUCAGGGUUCUUGUCAUGAUUCUGGUUGUUCUCAAAACGCUACCUGUACAGAGGUAACAAAUCCUCAGGUGAAAAAUAGUUCAGGGUUUCGCUGCCAGUGCCUUCAUGGCUUCCAGGGAGAUGGUUUCAUCAACGGUACCGGUUGCCGGAGAGUUUUAAGUUGCAGUGCAUCAACAGUAACAUCGGGUGGAUGUGGAAAAACAACCAAAAUAGGUGUUAUUGUUGGAGUGAUCACAACUGGAGUUUUGGCCGUGGCUGUUCUUCUGUCUCUUGUAUGCUACUGUGCCAGGCGCCGUUCUGCUUGGUUGAGCAAACAUACAACAGCAAAGCGCCUCUUGCGUGAAGCUGCAGGCAACUCCAGUGUACCUUUCUACCCUUACAAAGAAAUUGAAAGAGCAACAAAUUCGUUCUCUGACAAGCAAAGGCUGGGAACUGGGGCUUUUGGUACAGUUUAUGCUGGAAAACUUCACAAUGAUGAGUGGGUUGCUAUAAAAAAGAUAAGGCACAGAGAUACCAACGGCGUUGACCAAGUCAUGAAUGAGAUCAAGCUCCUUUCUUCUGUGAGUCAUGCUAAUCUAGUUCGCCUUCUUGGUUGCUGCAUAGAGGAGGGAGAGCAGAUCCUUGUUUACGAAUAUAUGCCUAAUGGAACACUUUCUCAGCAUCUGCAAAGAGAGAGGGGUAAAGGUCUUCCAUGGACAAUAAGACUUACUAUUGCAACUGAAACUGCUAAAGCAAUCGCAUAUCUUCAUUCAGCAAUUCAUCCACCAAUUUACCACAGAGACAUCAAAUCCAGUAAUAUACUCUUGGAUUACAGCUUCAAAUCUAAAGUUGCCGAUUUUGGGCUUUCUAGGCUUGGCAUGACAGAAACAUCACAUAUCUCAACUGCUCCACAAGGGACUCCGGGUUAUGUUGAUCCCCAAUACCACCAGAACUUCCAUCUUUCUGAUAAAAGUGAUGUCUACAGCUUUGGAGUGGUUUUGGUAGAGAUAAUAACUGCCUUGAAAGUGGUUGAUUUCGGUCGACAGCAAAGUGAGGUCAAUUUAGCAGCACUUGCUGUUGAUAGGAUUAGGAGGGGUGCCAUAGAUGAGAUCAUAGAUCCCUUCCUUGAACCACAUCAAGAUGCUUGGACACUCUAUUCAAUUCAUAAGGUGGCUGAGCUUGCAUUUAGGUGUCUUGCUUUCCAUAGCGACAUGAGGCCUAGUAUGAUGGAAGUGGCAGAGGAGCUAGAACACAUCAAGCGCAGUGGAUGGGCAUCCACCGAGGAAAAUAUGUGUCUAGCUUCAUCAGUUGGGUCUGGAAACUCAUCUCCUCGCAGAGGAAGUGACAAGUCACUGGGCGGUAUUAAGUUAAAUAAAGCAGGGCAAGGGAAUGAGAUAUUGAUCGUUACGCAGAAGACCGGAAGCUUUUUGAAAUCAAUGGAGGCAAAGGACAGCUCUCCUGUAUCAGUGCAGGAUCCUUGGUCAAGUGGACACAGCUCACCUUCAACAAACAGUUUGUUGGACAAUGCAGUUCAUUGACAAAAUCAUCUCAGCAAUGUGAAUACUCGAGGCAUAUAACAGUUUUCUUUUCUUUUUAGCAGUUAAUUGUUAUAGUUAAUUUUGUGUAUGAUUGGCAAUAGGAUUCUGACGA